CAUAUGUUCAAUAAUAUUUUCUCUUUCGUAUUCACUCGAUCAUCCUUUAAAAAGAAAAUAUAAUAAUUAUGUAUUUGAAAAUGGGCAGUUUUUCCUAAAUGGAAGGACCGGAUUUUCCAAUAAGGGGCCGAUUCGGCGAAGGUGUCCAGCUCCGUUGGCACGCCUGCCGGCCCAAUAUGAGAAUUUAUUUUGCUGAAAGCUUCGUCUUCGCCGAGGUUAGGAAGUAGACCUUUUUGUUUUUCUCCCUCGGGUAUCCACCUAGCACCAAAAAAUUGCAACUAGAAAAACAGGCAAAAUUGAUCGAGAUUCCGUUUGAAAUUCGCCGGAGUGGACAAAUCCCUAGUGUCAAAAGAAAGUAACAAAAUUCCACACAGUAUCAAUAAUCACAUUUUUAAUACCUAAUUAUGUCUACACCUGCCAGACGGCGAUUAAUGAGAGAUUUUAAACGAUUGCAAGAAGAUCCUCCUACUGGAGUCAGUGGAGCUCCCACAGAUAACAACAUUAUGAUAUGGAAUGCUGUUAUUUUUGGUCCUCAUGAUACACCAUUCGAAGAUGGAACUUUUAAGUUAACUAUAGAAUUUACCGAAGAGUACCCCAACAAACCGCCGACUGUACGAUUUGUCUCGAAAAUGUUUCACCCCAACGUCUACGCCGAUGGCGGGAUUUGUUUAGAUAUUUUACAAAAUAGAUGGAGUCCAACGUACGACGUUUCUGCGAUAUUAACAUCUAUACAGUCAUUGUUAAGCGAUCCAAACCCGAAUUCACCAGCGAAUUCAAUGGCGGCACAAUUAUACAAAGAAAACCGACGGGAAUACGAAAAACGAGUGAAAGCUUGUGUAGAACAAAGUUUUGUAGACUAGCUAAAUCUCCGUUUGUAUAUUUUAUCAACAAAUUGAUAUCAGCAUUAUACCUUAUUACGAAUUUGAGCGUCAAAUUAUUAUUAUUAUUAUAUUAUUUCUAUUAUUUUCCCAGAAUGAAGAGUCAAUAUUUUGUUCGAUAAGUGUAAUGUUUUUUAUACAUUGGUGUAAUCAGUGUCUUUAUUGUUAUUUCUUUUUCAAUCACGGAAUCAUUUAAUAUUUAUUUUUUUGUCUAAUUCUCUUUUCAUCAUGAUUAUGUAAAUUUGUGGAAAAAACUUGACUAUUCAGUAAAGAAAAUAAUAUAAAAAUAAGAAUUUUAAAAACUCGA